GCCCGCGAGUCGAAUAAUUCUUUAUUUAUUACUAAUUCUUCAACCAUCAUCAAUUCUUCAACCAUUAUCAAUUCUUCAACCAUCAUCAAUUCUUCAACCAUCAUCAAUUCUUCAACCAUCAUCAAUUCUUCAACCAUCAUCAAUUCUUCAACCAUCAUCAAUUCUUCAACCAUCAUCAAUUCUUCAACCAUCAUCAAACUCUUACCACCUCAUCCUCUCUGUGCACCACCAACCAUGGCCAAUGCUGCUCUCGAUCCGCAGCCUGACCUCGCCGCUAGUGCCAAUGCUGCUCUCGGUCCGCAGCCUGAGUUCGCCGUCAUGGCAGCCGGUUGCGAGGAGACGGCCAACACUUUCACCAUGGUGAUACGAACUCGAAACUGCCAGAAUUUGCCAACUCUGCAACGCGACAACAGGAUCAUGGCUGAGUUACGGAUCAUAUUCGAACUACUGGAUCACAUCAAGGAGGGGCUCAGGCGCCUUGAGGAGGGGGUCGGGCGCCUUGAGGAGCGGUUCGACCGCAUGGAGGAGCGGUUCGACCGCAUGGAGGAGCGGCUUGACCGCGGGUUCCGUCGUGUCGAGGUGCACCAGCUGAACAACCAAGCCCGCCUCGAGAACAGCCACAAUAUCGCUGGCAACGUCGCUGAGGACCUCACGCCGCUCUAUUCGUUGACGGCGGCCGAUGCCCAGCUACAAGUUAUCCCGCACUUCCCCUCCCGCAUCAACGACAUCGGCUAGCUAGACACUGUACGAGUCAACAAGUUGCUCCGCCAUUUGGAGCAGGGUACUAGCAGGACGAGGCUCAAGAGGGCGGUAGGGGGGUACAUUACGCCACACUGGCUCGUUUGUGAAGGUCUAAGCUCUGCGGCAUUCCUACUGGCGUUUGGGGCGAGGCAUUGUUUGUUAGCACUAGCAUUGGGCUAGAGUUACGGAUUUGCAUGCGGUGGCUACGGAAGGAGACUGGCGGCCUCUUUAGGUAAUUAACUCGAAUAGCAUUGGGUACGGAGCACAUGGUCCAUGCA